UCUGUGUGAAGGUAAAAAUUGAAAAAUGGCAUCUGCUCUCAAGAAGGUCACACAACUUUCGUUGAUAUUUCAUAAAAGAAGUAAAGACUUAACAACAAUUACAAGGAGUAUUGGAGAUAUAUGGGUCAAUGGAAGCUGUAUUGACCCUGCAAUUGGUUUAUCAGAAGAACAAAUACAAAUUCAGCAGUUGGCAACAGAUUUUGCUAAGAAUGAAUUAUUUCCUAACAUGGCACAGUGGGAUCAACAGGAAAUAUUUCCAAAAGAUGUCCUGAAGAAGGCAGGUCAACUCGGAUUUGGUGCUGCAUAUUGUAGGGAGGAUUGUGGUGGUACUGGAUUGUCACGCUUGGAUUCAUCACUUAUAUUUGAAGCUUUGUCUCAGGGUUGCACAAGUACAACAGCCUUCAUCAGUAUACAUAAUAUGUGUGCAUGGAUGAUUGAUGAGUUUGCCAAUGAUGAUUUGAGACAAAAAUGGAUACCACAGCUAGCUGGCAUGGAGAAAUUAGCAUCAUAUUGUUUAACAGAACCAGAUAAUGGUAGUGAUGCUGGUAAUAUAAAGACUUCUGCAAAGUUACAGGGAGAUAAUUAUAUACUGAAUGGUACAAAGGUAUUUAUAAGUGGUGGAGGGGACACAGAUGUGUAUGUAGUCAUGUGUAGGACAGGUGAGGCAGGACCCAAAGGUAUCACAUGUAUGCUGGUAGAUAAAGAAUCACCAGGGCUGGCAUUUGGCCAAAAAGAGAAGAAGCUAGGAUGGAACUCCCAACCAACUAGAUCAGUGAUCUUUGAAGAUUGCCAGGUGCCUGUCUCAAAUGUGGUGGGAAACUUAGGAGAUGGCUUUAAAAUUGCUAUGAGAGGUUUGAAUGGUGGAAGAAUUAAUGUAGGGUCAUGCUCAUUAGGAGCUGCACAAAACAGUCUACAGUUAACUAGAAAUUAUUUAAAAGUUAGGAAACAGUUUGGAAAAACAUUAGACAAUUUUCAGUAUUUACAGUUUAAGUUAGCAGAGAUGGCCACAAAGUUAGUAGUAUCAAGAAACAUCAUAAGAACAGCAGCUAUAUCAUUAGACAAUAACUGGCCAAACAAAGUCCCUUUAUGUUCUAUGGCAAAGUUCUUUGCUACAGAAGAAUGCUCAAAAGUAUGCAAUGAUGCCUUACAGUUACAUGGUGGGUAUGGCUACCUUAAAGAUUAUGCUAUUGAACAAUACCUCAGGGACACAAGAGUACACCAAAUAUUAGAAGGUACCAAUGAAGUGAUGAGAAUGUUAAUCUCAAGAGAUAUACUGACAGAUGAAGAGAGAAAAUAUGUUUGAUGAAAACAAAAUAUGUAGGAACUAUUUGUGUCUGUGAUAUUGUCUUCUGUGCUCAAACAUCAGUCAUUGAAGUUUGUGCUGGAAAAGAAAUCUUCUCAAUCAUGUAAACACAAACUGAACCUUUGAAGUGAAACCAUAAAUCAAGCUAAUACAAGAAUGAACUGCAUCAUUAUCUGGGAUUCUGCGACACUAGACCUAAGUUUUUGCAACAUUUGAUGUAUGUUUUGAUGUCAUACAAAAAUCACUGACUAGUAGCUAUAAUGCAUUAACUGUACCAAUUAUUCUGCAUCAGACGCUUAUUUUGAAAAUUUAUAACCCUACAGUGAUGCCCAAGACCGUAAUAUUCGAAAAUCUAUUCUAAGUCUCAAAAAAAAAAAAAGAGAUUAUAAACCAAAAAGACAAAAAGUAUAGGCGAAGACAGACAAGGAUUCAUAGCUUAGCACGAGACAAAUGCAUUAGAGACAUAUUCCUUAAUUUAAACUUAUUUCCAAACUUUUGUAACAAUAAUUUUUGAUAACACAAUAUUUGUAUAUUAAUGCCAGUAUAUAAGUACUGCCAACUUGGCUGUAGAUACCCUCAGUCAAUCAGCCAUGGAAGUGAUAACAUUUAUAGUACACAUUUUUCUGCACCAGAGUGUACAAUUUUCAUUAAGUAUAAAUACAAGUUGAUAUAGUCACAAUUAAGUUCCAUGCAUGUGGUCUCAAUAAACCACUUUGUUUAUAUAUAGCUAGUCAAAGACAUCAACAGAUAUUUUAUUUUAUACAAGAUUUUACAGCCAAUUCUUCAGAUUUUCCCUUUUUCCUUUAUUUUAUCACAAUAAAGUGUGUAUCAAAUUAAGGCCAAAUUGUUUCUACUAUUUGAAAUGCUUAGAUAGUAGCCAAAAGAAUCGUGUUUUUAAUAUUUAUUAAUUAAUACAUUUGUACUCUUUUAUACAUGAAAUAUUUUUUAUCAUACAUUUUGAAGUUUAUGUGAAAAGUAAAUUUUGCUAAGUUUAUGUAUUUAUACAAAUAAAGGCUAAAAUUCACCCAACAUACUGCUUGUAUUUUUUUGACAUAAAUGCUGCACACCAGUUUAUUUAUUACUAUAUUUAUACACUCAUUUGUUCCAAAUUACCAAAGGUUAUAUGUGAAAGCUGUAAAUGUAGCUAGAUUUUUUACAACAAUUUGUAUAAAGUUUGCUCUUAACUGGCAAUAAAAACAUGAAUAAUUGUUA